CGGCGGCGCCGUAAAUUGUGCGGAAGUGAAAAGUUUGGGGAAGUUUGAGGCCGGACAUGGGGCCGGACACGGGGCCGGGGCCGGGGCCGCUGCUUCUGCUUCUGCUUCUGGUGCUGUUCCGUUCCAUCGGGGCCGUGUCCUUCGGGCAGCCCUCGGACUCCGAGUUCACGUUUGUCCUCCCGCCCGGCACACAGGAAUGUUUCUACCAGAGCGCCGGCCGCAACAGCAGCAUGGAGCUGGAGUACCAGGUUAUUGGAGGUGCCGGACUGGAUGUCGAUUUCACCGUCUUUAGUCCAAAUGGUGAAAGUCUGAUCAUGGAGUCAAGGAAGUCCGAUGGUGUCCAUAUGAUCGAGCCUACGAUUAUCGGUGAUUAUAAAAUCUGCUUUGACAAUUCCUUCAGUACCAUUUCUGAGAAACUUAUCUUCUUUGAAGUUAUUUUUGACGAUGUUGAGGACUGGUCAGAGAUUGUGGAACCAGAGGAGCUGCUGGACAUUAAAAUUGAUGAUAUCAAGGAGUCAAUUGGAAAUAUGAACACCAAACUGGCAAAGAGUGUGCAGAUCCAGGCCAUUCUCCGAGCCUUUGAGGCACGGGAUCGCAACCUGCAAGAGGGCAACUUGGGCCGGGUCAAUUUUUGGUCAGCUGUCAAUGUGGGGGUGAUGCUGAUGGUGUCGUUCGUCCAGGUCUACAUGUUGAAAAGUCUCUUUGAUGACCACAGAAAAGUACAAACCUGAAUGUCUAAGAAAAUGACAACUGAAGCAGAGGUGUGAAGUGGUGUAUUCAAGUAGCUGCAGAUCCUUUUGCUUGUUUUGGGGGGCUGUUUAUGAUGUUGCUGCUUUUGGAGUUAGGUGGGGCAUUGGGAUAAGCUGACAGUAAGACUGGCAAGUGAAUUGUUCAAAAUGAAAUAUACAAGAAUAGGUGCACAGAAUACCCUCAAUGUUAAAUAUGUACUCCCUAUAAGGCCAAUGUUUAUUAAUAAAUAAACUGGGGAAAGGUUCUGGAAGCCAAGAAUUUCACCCUGUGAGGAUCAGAGCAUUUAAUAAGCAAUUUAGCUCUGAUUUUAAAUCAUGUAAUUAAGGUAGUAAAUUAGACAUUUAUUUAUGAACUCUGAGAAGGGUCAGGCCAUUGCUAAUCUCUCUAAGUAUGAUCCAUAUAGCAGGCUGCAGCUGUUACUAUUCCCAGUACUUCAAGCUACCAACCUGUCUGCUGGCAGUCGGGGUAGGAAUACUCCCUGCAGUCAGGAGGUUGGCUGCAGGUCUCCCCUUGGUUAGGGCUGGGGAGGAGAGAUGAAAUGUUUUUAAAGCAGGUACAGCGAUCAGGACUGUGGCGUUACUGGUCACUUGUUCACAUGGUGUCCUAUUGAGCUGCAAGGCAGGACUGGUUCAAACUCUCACCUAGUGCUGUGAGCUGCACGUGGCUUCAUCAGAAGACAAAGGGAAUGAGGACGUGAAUGUGUCUAUCCACAGGUCUGGUCUGAACUGAGUGGUGGUUUCUUGAUGUCUUCUUCCAAACUGCAAGUCUAGUUUAUGCAAACAGCAACUUUAUUAUUAAAAGUGCUUUAAUCUGGCA